CCCAGCGCUUUGGGACAAAAGCUUUGGAGCUACUACUAAAUCGAAAUCCCCCAAUAAAUAAUCUCGCUUCCUCUCCGCACGCGAGAUAGGAAAAAUUCGGAAGGAGGGAGGCGGGGAAUCGGAGCCUGGGAUUCUGGGGAGUCGCCGGAUCGCGGUGAUUUGUUUCUGCGGGAGUGGAUUUGAUUCGAUUUGGGUUUUGGGGGCAGCGAGCGAGCGAGGAGGAAUGGAUUUCGCGAGGAUGAAGCGGCGGGAGCUGCAGGCGCUCUGCAAGGGCCACGGCCUCCCCGCCGGCGGGACCAACGCGGACCUCGUCGCCCGCCUCAACGCCACGCUCUCGGGUCGUGGUGGGGUUGAGGAGGAGGCGGUCGGGGUCGUGGUGGGGAAGGGGUGCUUCAAGCGGUCGGCUGGCGGCGAGGGUUCGGAUGCGGCGAAGAAGGUGUCCUUUGUGCUGGAGGACGAGGCGGAGGUGGACGUCGGAGGGAGACGGCGCCUGAGGUCCAAAGGGAUGGGGUCCCCGGUUGCUCCCAAGAAAAGGGGGAGGCAGAGGAAGACCAUUCCUGGCGCUGGAGGCAGCCGAGGGGAGCGUCGGCGAACACGUUCCCAAGUUGGUGCUGGCGAUGGUGAUGCUGGAGAGGCUGUUGCAGAUGCUCCAGUGAGGCGGUCCAGGAGGAAUGCGGCGGAUUUGGGUGCUGGUGAUGGAGCUGACAGGGUUGCUGGAGUUGUAACUCGGAAUAGCUCCGCCAAGGCUGAGCAUGAAGAGGAGGGCCUAGGAGAAGCAGUUGAUAGGAAGCAUCGGCGGAAGCGGAAGACCAGGGAGAAUGAUACUGAGGAUGUAGAUGACAGUGGUGCAGUUGGGGUUUCCCGUAGAAGCACAAGGUCGAGUGGUAUUCAGUUAGGGCCUGCUAUCGUGCCAUCACCUGUUGUCGAGAAGAAAAGAGGGAGGACGAAGGCAGGGGAUGUGAAGGAACCGACAUUUGUCAAGGAACAAUCUGCCGAAGUUCAACAUGUGGGAAGAACUCUAAGAUCUGGAUUGGUAGUUGCUAGUCCCGUGUUGCCUAUUGUUGCUGAGAGUAAGAGACGUAGGUGGAAGACACAUGAAGAGGACCCUGCAGCGCAGAAAGUUGCUAAGGUGGAAGUAUCUGGUAGGACCACAAGAUCUAGCUCAGUAGCUGUCUCUGUAAAGCUACCCAUUGUCGUUGAGAAGAAGAGGAGGCGAAAGACACAAGAUGUCCAGUCGAAUGAAGAGCCGCAUUCAGUUCCAGAGGUACCUGUAAAUAACGUUCCUGUUACCAGGGUCUUGAGAAAUAGAGCUGUUCAGGUUGAUGGGACUGUGUUGGAGGAAACUCUCUUUGGAAAGAAAUUAGAAAAUAAGAGACCAUCUAGUAGACCUGGUACUCGCAGUUGCGUGAAUCAACAUCUUGCUUCUUCUGUAAAUGAAGAAACUCAAGAACAGGUUGCUGCUCCAUGUAAGGGCCUCCCACGGAGGCGAUCGAAACGAAAUCAUUCUGAGGAAUCUGACAGUGGUAAGGUGUCUGCCAUAGAAAUGCAAAUGGAGGUACUCGAGCCUGUAAGAAGAUCACAUCCGAAAUCUGUUUUUCCUUCGUUUCUCGAGUAUGAAACAAAAGAUAUGCAUGAAGAAGUCAAGAAGCAACAAACAGUAUUGAAACCUGUUAAGCGAUCAACACGGAAAUCUGUUGUUCCGGCUAUGAUUGAGAAAGGGAGGAAGGGUCAGACUACUGAAACGAUUCCUGAAGCACGUGUUAGGAGAUCAAUUAAGAAAUCUGUUCUUCCUAUGGUUAAUAGUGAGAACAAUGAUCACGCUGAUAUAAUCAGAAGUGAGGAUGUUCAAAGUGCUAAGAGUGAAGAGAUGAAGAAGCAAUCUAUUAGACGAUUCACACGGAAGUCUGCUCUCCUUGCUGUACCUAUGACUAAGAAAGAGAGGAAGAGUGUCGCAGCAGAAAUGAAUCCUGAUGCACAUGUUAGGAGGUCAAUGCGGAAAUCUGUUGUACCCAAUCUUCUCGAUAAUGAUGACAGUGAUCAAAUUGAAAUGCAAAGUGCUAAGGGUGGUGCUGUUGAGAAACAAGUAGUAGUGAAGGAACCUGUUAGGCGAUCAACACAAAAAUCUGUUGUCCCAGAUGUGUUUGUGAAAGAAAAUAACAGGUUACAUGAAAAAUUGAAGUCAGAAGUUCCUGUGAGAAGAUUAGUUGGUAAACCCAUUACUCCUAAUGCGGGUGAUAAGGAGCACAAGGAUCACAGGGAAAUUGUCAGAAGGGAAGAGUCAAGUGUUCGAACAAGGACCUCACGAACAAGAUUCCAGUUUGCUGCGCAGAAUGACAAGAGUCUGCAACGAACAACACGCAGCUCUUCGAAAUUAGUGAUAUCACAGAUACAAUCAGAAUCGACAGCUUCGAAGGGAAGGCCUGCAAAGAGAAGGACAGCGGCUGUGCAAGAAGUUAGGCCUGUUGAAGAGCACAAGGAAAAACAAAUCGCUGAUAUAGCCAACACAACUGAUGUGAUUGAAGCUGGCACUGGUAUAGACCUGGAUAGUGCAGUGCUACCACUCCCGGCUGGAGAAAGAUCAAAUUUGCAAGAUGAUCAGCUUAACUCCAACCUUGAGGGCACUGAAGUAGUGGAAUCUAGACCUAGUGGUGAUAAAAAUGCCGAUGAUAUUUUAGCGUUUGGAUCCUCUGUCAACAGUGUUGGUAUAAGAAAUCCAUCCAAUUCCAGUUUACUAGCUUCUUCUAUGGACCUUUACCAGCAACACGAGCUUCCGGGUGGCCUUUUAGCAGACAAACCUUUUGAAGUGUCUGCUUUGUGUUCGAAGAGCUGUGAUUUAGGAGCUGCAGGUACCACUGAGAAGUCUCCGUGUGAUUUUGCGAUUCCGGAAGGUAAACAGGCAGAUUCUUUAUUGAAGGAGGCAGUGCACUCGAUGAAGAACGAUGCUGGAAGGUGCUCACCAAAUGUUGAACAAUCACCCAUCGGGCUACAGGCCCUGUUUAAUCAUGGAAAUGCAGAAGAGUUGAAUACGCAUAAUGCUAUUCCAUGUUCUGAGAAUGGAGUAAAAGAACCAGAUGUCCUCAAGGUUGAAUGUCGAGCUGAAAUAAUUGUUUCUUCAGGACUUGAUUCAUAUCAAGGACCUCAUGAAGAUUUAAGUAGAAUUGAAGAAAAUGUGGGUUGUAUGGUUUUGUCUCAGCAUAAUAAUGACCAAGAAGGAUUCUCAUUGUCUAGCCAGACAAAAGAUUUGGUUGCAUCUACCCUGUCAGGUAUGUCAGAGGAUGCAAAUCAUAUAGUAAGGGAGAUUAUUACUGAAGAUGUGAUCUGCAACAAGGAUGAGGAAAAAGACCUUAUUCCUUCUUCAGAUGUUGAUGCUGCCUAUGAAUCGCAUGCGGAUGAACCUGAAGAACUUGUUUCUGGUGUUAGUGAAGCUCAGUUUUGCAUUUCACGGAGCACCCCUACUCUUAACAAAGUAAAUUUGAAUUCUGAUUCUUCACAAGCAGAGUCACUAGAUGCUUUGGAUAAUCGCAUAGCAUCUCCACAUGUACCCCAUUUGGCCAAGGAGUGUCUUAUGGAUCCUUGCCAGGAACAGGAGCUGAAGCUCCCAGAGGACCUAUCUGUUCUGAAAUCUACUGAAGGAGCUGCAGUUUGUCAGGAUGAAAGUGUUAUAGGACCAGGUAUUUGUCAAACUAUUGAGCAAACGUGCACAGACAAAAUUAGUAGGAAGGAUCGUGAAGAGAAAUGCAAUGAGCACAUUGAAGAUCAAGUCACCUCAGGCAUCCUUGCAAGUGACAUAUCUGAACCUGCAGUGGUUGAAGGAUCAGAAAAUGGAGCGACGCUGCUCCGAACUGCAGAAACAUUGGCAUUUCCAGGUGACCAGGUUAACACUAAGUUGGAGGGCAAUCUAGAUUACAGCCUUAGCUGCGAUAAGGACACUAGCGAUACUGGAUCUUUUGGAAACAACAACUUAUCUAGCUUGAAGGACCCUUGUAUGGAUCCUUAUAAUAACCAAGAGCUCCCAAAUGACAUGCCUGCGCCUAAAUCGCUGGCAACUGUAGAAAAACGGGCAUUGCCAGAUGAGCAGGCCGACGAGAAGCUGGAGGGUGAUGAGGAAUACAGCCUCAAUAAGGACGCUAGCAACAUUUCUGAUACUGGAUCUAGGUUGAACAACCCUUCUAUGGAUCCUUGCCAUGAUGAAGAGCUCCCAAAUGACAUGCCUGCACCUAAAUCAACCCCAGCUGCAGAAAUGUCGGCAUUUCCAGAUGAGCAGGUUAACACUAAGGUAGGGGGUGAUGAAGAAUGCAACCUUAGCUGCGAUAAGGACACUAGUAACAUUUCUGAUACUCGAUGGUUUGUAAAGAAAGACAUAUCAAGCUUGAAGAACUCUUCUAUUGAUUCACACCAUGACCAAGUGUUCCCAGAUGACAUGCGUACACCACAAUCUCCUGAAGAACACGCAGUUUGUCUGGAUGGCAGUGUCUCGGAAUCAGUAGCAGGGAAAUGUCAGACUAGUGGACGAAGACGUGUAGAAGAAAUAAACACCAAGCUGCCGAGUUUCAAAAUUUCGAGCACAGUCAAAGGAAGCUACAUUGCGAUGGAUGUACCUCGUAGUGCAGACCAAUGGAAUAACCUGACCGAAUCUGCAAUCGCCUUGCACAGGGAUAGUGAGAACACUGCUGUUGCUGAAAUUGAUCAUCUUAAGCCGAACACUGAUCACUUAGUUGCAAUGGAUUCAUCAGCACAAGUGGUGCAGAGCAUCAGUGUUCCACCGAAGGAUGCAGAAUUUGCUACGGACAAACCAGAUAUGGAGCAGGUCCAGCAGGAUGUUGUGCACGUACAAGAAGGUACCCCUGAGAAGACUGCACUAGUUUCAGCUACACCUGAGCAUAAAUAUGAAUGCAGAUUACCUGAUGACGCAGAACUGCAUUCAUUGAAGAAUGAUAGAUGUUCGUCAAGUGUUGAACAAUCACCAUUUUUGCAGUCUCUGUUCUCGCAAAAGAGAACAGAAGUGCCCAUGGAAUAUGGUGUCCUUUCUUUGGCAGGAGUUCAGGCUGACAAUGGAGUUUGUGAGGCAAAAGACUGCGAUGUGGAAUGUGGAGUUGAAAAUUCUCCCUUGGGGGAACCCAUUGUAGACCAUGAUGCUCAUGUAGAUUUUACUUCACAGCAAGAUACAGAAAAUGAAGGAUUAAGAAAGGCUUGCCAUGAGCAAGAACAGGAUGCAUCUGGUCAGUUCGAAUUUUUGGAGGCUGCAAAUUGUACGCAGGAUACUAAUUCUAAGGAAAUGGUCCAUGAGGAUGAAGAAAAUAAGGAUCCGGUGCAUUCUACAGACAUGAUUACUUCCUGUGAAACAAUGGAUGCCAACGGCCCUAUUCAUCAUGCUUCUGGUAUUAGUGAUGCUCUAUUGGGCAACUCACUUAUUACUCCCACAAACGGCAAUGAUGAAGUACAGCCGAGUUCUAAUCAGAACCAAUUAGAAUCAACUGAUUUCCUUGAUGAUCAGAAUCAGAUAGGGUGUUGCAAUACUGAAGUACCGCAGCAGGGUCUGGAAGAGCAAUGCGAAGAGCGAAAGGAAGAUCAAGUUGCUCAUGGAAUCUCCAUAAACAAUAUAAUUGAAGCUGAAACUGCUAUAGACUUAGAAAGUGGAGGGCUGCCACUCCCAGCUGAAGAAAGAUCAAAUUUAAGCGCUGAUAACAAAAAUGGUUCAAACAGUCAUAUUGAAUUGGAUAUUGAAAAAAAUGCUUCUUCAGAACCUGAUUCAGGUCAAGGUUUUCAUGAAGGUUCAAGUCGAAUUGAAAAUGUGGGUUAUUUGAAUUCAUUGGAGGUAUACAAUGAGCAAGAAGGAUCCUUGAAUUCAAGCCGCAAUAAGGAAUUUGUUACAUCUCCCCAGUUAGAUUCAUCAGAUGAUGUGAAUCGUAAAGAAAGCGAAAACUUCACUGAGGAGGUGAUCUGCAAGGAAGACGAGAAAUGGCAGUUUGUUCCUUCUCCAGACAUCGACGCCCCCCAUGAAAAAUCACAUACCAGUGGACCUGCUGUGCAUGCUACUGGUGUCAGUUCACCAGGAGCCCAUAUUUUUGCUGAAGGAAAUGUUAAUUCUAAUACUGGGGAAUUAGAAUCACUUGACGCUUUGGAUAACCGUGUGGCGUUUUCCAAUACUGAAGUUCAAGUCAAUACGGGAAUUGAUGCAAGUGUAGAAACAUCAGCUUUACCAGAUGAGCAGCUCAAUUCCGAGUUGGAAGUUGAUGAAUAUGCUGAACACAACUUUAGUGGUGACGAAGACACAAAUGACUUAUUUCGUGAUCUAUUCCAUUUUGAUGAAGACGAUCAUUUGGAGUCUGUCCAGGGACAAGAGCUCCCAAGUGACAAAUCUGCAUCUGAAUCUCCUAAAAAACCUGGCAUUUGGCAAACUAGUGGGCAAGAGUUUAAAGAAGAAACCAACACUGAGCUCCACCAGGACUAUAAAGAGGAAAGUAACAUAUCUGAACCUGCACUGGUUGAAGGACUGGGAAAUGGAAUGACUACAGAAACAUCUCCUUGGCCAGAUGGGCAGGCUAACCCUGAGCUGGAGGGCGACAAAUCUAAGGAACAUGGCUGUAGUUUUGGACCUGAGAAGAACCAAAUCUCCAUUGAGGAAUACAAUGAGGACAAUGAAGAUCGAGGAAAUCACUAAUGGGUUGUGGAUUGACAGGUUGCCGUUUUGACUUCUUUCUUCAACCUUUGGCUGAAGCAAGUGAUUAUGUCCCAUAGAAAACAAAAUCGAUGUAUAUAUAUAUGCCCCGGCUGCUGUGCUUUGCAAGUGGCGACGUGGUCUAACGGAAUUAGUUUAGUGUGUCCAUGAUAGUUAAGAAACUCAUGUAGUUGUCCAUAAUGUUAUCUUGUUUGUUUUAUGAUCCUGGUAUAAAGAGCAAAAGCUCUGAUUUUCUGCUAUUUAUAUAUCUGUGUGUUUCUGCUACCAAA